AUGGAAGGAAUUGAACUCUGCUUCCCACAGCUCGUUAACACCUCCUGCAGGAGAUCAAAGCAUGCUCCCUCUAAUAUGUUGCUUCUUUCUGUUAUUCUCUCGGGUAUUGCUUUUCUCACUGUGAGUCUUAACCUGCUGGUCAUUGUUGCUAUUGUGCACUUCAGGCAGCUCCACACCUCUACAAAUAUUGUACUUCUCUCUCUGGGUUUCUCAGAUUGCCUUGUGGGUUUCCUCCUGAUCUUUCAAGUUUUGAUGAUAGACGGCUGCUGGUAUUUUGGCAACUUCCUAUGUGCACUGUAUUGUGUUUUAGAUUUAAUUGUUGUAUCUGCUUCAGUGGGAAACAUGGUGCUUGUUUCAAUUGAUCGCUAUAUAGCCAUAUGUGACCCUUUACAUUAUCCCACUAAAGUUACCCUAAAAAGAGCUCAAAUGUCUGUUUCUCUGUGUUGGACUUUUUCUUUCUUAUAUUCCACUGUGAUAUUAAGGGAAAACCUAGGACAGCCAAGCAGAUUUAGUUCCUGUACUGGAAACUGUUCAGUUGACAUUGGCCUUACUGGAAUUAUGGUUGAUCUUUUUUUUACUUUCCUCAUUCCAAUUACUGUCAUCAUAAUUCUGUAUAUUACAGUCUUUGUGGUGGCUUUGUCUCAUAUUCGGACCAUGCACUCCCAUGUUGCAGUCCGCACACAUCUGCAUUCAGGAAAAGGAAGACCUAAGAAAUCUGAAAUAAAAGCUGCCAGGACUCUUGGGGUUGUUAUAACUGUGUUUCUGCUUUGCCUUUGCCCAUAUUUCUGUGUCUCACUUUUGAGUGAAGAUGCCUUACUCAAUACGUUAUCAGGUGUAUAUGUUAUAUCAUUGUUUUACUUUAAUUCUUGUCUAAACCCUCUGAUAUAUGCCUUGUUCUACCCUUGGUUCAGAAAAUCUAUCCAAAUUAUUGUUACACUUAAAAUUCUCAAGUCUGGUUCCUCUAAUGCAAACUUACUGUCACCCUAAAUAAUGUAA